UUUAAUUAAUUCAAUUCUUGUUCUCAGCUUUAAGAAGAGUUGUGCAAAAAAAAAACACACAUUUCAGAAGUUUGACCAAAUAACUACAAAUAAUUCCCAUAGAGUUAGUUUCAAACUAACAAAUAUUAUACAACACAAAUGCUUAUCAUUAUUGUUAACAUAAUUAAAUCAAAUUAAAUUCAGAUAUCUCCUCAAAUCAUUGCGCGCGCGGGAAGAAAAGAAACAAGAGAAAUCAAGAAAACAACAUUCUCUUGGACAUAUUUUUUUUUUUGUUUGCUAAACAAAAAAUUCCACGACAAAUGUUUUUUGGUUGAAAAUUGUAGCUUCACCAAAAAAAUGCAAAAUUGAAAAAAAAUAGAAAAAUAAAAACACUUAAUUGGAAAUCUGUGUGAAAUUCCUUGCCCCUUUUCCUUCUCGCUAUGGAAAUCAGUGAAGAAAAAGAUUCUCAAAUAGGAAGUAAUCUCAAAAACAACACAAAACUGCAAACUGGCACUGAUACAGAAACAACAACAAGUUCUUGCAACUGGUCAAGAUUUUCGGAAUGGGUUCAUUGUAUGUGCGUGGUUACAUUCGAUCUGGAACUUGGCCAAGCAAUCGAGGUUAUUUAUCCAGAAAAAUUCACUCCAUCUGAACAAGAGAAGACAAAUAUUUGCUAUUUGGCAUUUCCAGACUCGAAUUCCGGUUGCAUGGGCGACACUCAGUUCCAUGUUAGAUUGAGACUAGCAGCAGAUGGAAGCAAUCACCAGAAUGAUAACAAUAAAAACACUUCGUUGAGCUUCGAGCAUAAACGAUUCAAUACACAGUGUAAUUCUGUGCAGAAAGCAGACAAAGCUCAUUAUUGGGGUUUUGUGUAUUUUCGUCAGAGAAAGGAGGCGUCCUUGCCACGCGGUUACUUCCAAAAGAGUUUCAUAUUACUUACGAGGCUUCCGUUUUUUAAUUUAUUUUACGAAAUACUCUCUCAGCUGGCUCCAAUGUAUUUUUUACAUGGUCUAAGUGUGAUUGAAUCCGCUUGUUAUCAAAUUUCCAACUGGCCAUCAUUGCAGGCUGGUGAACUUUUGCGGCUUUCAUUAUUUGAAACUGUCUAUCAAACAGUAAUUCCUCUAGCUAAUAGCAAAGGUGGCAAUCACAUCAGCAACACAACAACAACAACGACAACAACAAAGACAACAAUAGAUAAUUUAAAUUGUAAUUUUAACAAAAACAAAAAACUACUAACUUGUGAUGUUUAUCCUAUUUUACAAACAAAAAACAUCUCGUCAGUUAGCGAAAUUGAUGUUUUUCGAAGUUUAUCCUGUGUAAUAUCAAAUGUUUACACUUUGUGGGAACUAGUUCUGACAGCUGAACCAAUUGUUGUUAUUGGUUCAUCACCAGCAGAUACAUCACAUAUGGUGCAAUCACUUGUUUCACUUAUAGCACCACUCGAAUUUUGUGCAGAAUCACGUCCUUAUUUUACAAUUCAUGAUAGUGAAUUUAAAGAAUUCACACGUGAGCAACAGCAACAAGGCCAAUCAGCAACAACAACAGUACCACCAGGUAUUAUAAUUGGCGUGACAAAUCCGUUCUUUGUGAAGCUUCUAAAAGACUGGCCACAUAUGAUUCGGAUACCAAUGAAUGAUUGUUUUAAUUUAACGUCGCAUCUAGCAGCAACUACUCCAACAUCAUCGUCGUCAAGUGUGCCAAAAACAUCCUCCUUCACAGGAACAUCAUCAUCAUCAUCAUCAUCAGCAGCAGCUAAUAAACGAAUAAAUUCAUCAACUAAUGACAAUGCUGUUGGUCUUAUAACAAAGUACAAACCCUUUUUGAAAAAGGACAAAGCAUUAAUCAAAAAAAUUCUAAUCGGUGUGAAUACAAAGAGACCAGAACAUGUUCAAUCGGCAUUGUUGCGACGAAAUUUCCUUGAACUCACCCAAAGUUUCAUGAUACCGCUCGAACGAUAUAUGGCCUCAUUGAUGCCACUCCAAAGAGAUAUUAGCCCAUUUAAAUCAGCACCAAGUCCGAAUCAAUUUAAACAAGAUGAUUUUUUAGCUACUUUAGAUCAAUCUGGUCCGCAUUUGACAUCUCCAUUAAAAGGAAAUUGGAAAAGUCUUUAUCAACGUUUCUUUAACUCGCCGAAUUUCAAAGGUUGGUAUGAGACCCGGCACAAAGAAUUACAGCGAACACUUCAGUCUAUACAGCUACAAGCAUUAUCAGGAGCAGAUUUGAAUCAAUGGGCUCAAGGAAAACAGGAAGUUGAAAUAAUUGAUAUGAUUAUUAAAUUAAAACAAAAACUUAAACUAUCGUCGUCUAUUAACGAAAAUUCUAAUAAUUCAUGUUUAAGUGUAAAUAAUGAAGAAAUUAUUGUCGGUACAACAACACAAUUGAAUGAAACAAGAAGAAAACUUUUAUAUCAAAUUGAAAGUAUGAAGCAAUCUCUACCCGAUGACCUUAAAACUAUAUUAUUUGAUACGUGAUAAGGGGUCAAUCACUACUCUACUCUACUACUCUCUCCCCUAAAAAGAUUUUCGUUGAAAUUAAGAUUAAAAUUUAAUUAAUUGUCAAUAAAUAAAUAAUGGUAAUAAAUUUUUAGCUAAAUGUAUUUUAUCCCAUUGUGUGAUCUCAAUAGACGAGGAAGACACAAUUGAUGAAAAAAGAAACCUAUAAUUAUAUUAAGCAAAUUUAAACAAAAUUUUUGUACCACAUAAAUUAUGUAUAUUAAAUGUUUGGUAAAACACUAUGAA